AUGGAGCAUCUUUUCAUGACCCUUGAUGCCGUGACUAUGGCGUCAAAGAUCGCAGACGCCUUAAAGCCGCUCACACGAUGGAGACAGUUUGAUCAUGAUGGAACUGAUGGAAAAGGGUAUCCGGUCUCGGAGGAUUUUUCAGACUACCCAAAGGUUCGCGGCUGGACGAUUGAGCAAGUCUGGAAUGAGGGAGAGCUAAGGAAGGCCCAUCCACGCUUUGAAGAUGACAAAAUAAGCGGCGAGGAGGUAACCGAGCAAGUGGUUGCCAUGCUCCAAAGUUGGCUGUAUUUUGGAUUCCUGGAAGCAUUCACCGGAAAACGCAUCCACACGUCGUAUUUCACAACCUUUGACGAAGAGGGCCUGCCAGUCCUUCACUCAGGCUACCUCGGUUUCGCCUUCUUCGCAUGGAAGCUUUCCCUGGAAGGAAGUUUGGAAGAGCUGCUGGAUGCCACCUGGGAAAUCCAGCUUUCUGUGGCUUCGAUCGUCCAACUGCUGUACUUGUGGACCGACCCUGGAACUACUCAUGCUGUUCGAAUUGAGAAGGAUUUCCCCGGAUUUGCCGAGGCGGUCAUAGAUAUCCUUCCUUCGGUUGUCAGGCUUUUUGAUGCGAUUUCUCUGGAAAGCUACCUCGCGCGACGGCUGCACUUGAGUACCGCUCAUGGAAAACUCGUCACCUGGGACUUGGACUUCCCCUACUCCCAGGUCCUAUCGACGCUGCGAGUCCUUUACACAUCCUUUGAACAACAUCUAAGAAGCCUCCGCCCUCCAGACACUCAACACGGCACGGAGCGUAAAACCAACAUCGGCCAGGUAGCCAGCGCCCUGAACUGGCGAUCGACGAGCAGGAAAGCCGACGAGACCCUCGCCGUCGCUGCUCUCUUGCUCGUUGACACGCGAAAGCUCGUCGAUACACCAGCAGACGCACCCGCCGAACGCAUGAAGCAGCUCUACCUCGCUGUGGAUAUGCCUCACGACAUCAUCUUCUUCGACGGGCCGAACAUGGUAGACCCGCCUUUCCGCUGGGCUCCGGAAACGCUCAUGGCACGGUCGGCGACGAUGCUGGAUGUUGCGAACGAAGCUCACACUUCCAGAUGCACGCCCGAUGGGCUGCAUGGCGAGUAUCUCGCGCUGAUGAUUGCGGAGCCGCUGGUGGGAGCCAGAGGCAAGACGCUGUUUGUUCAGGAUCCGGAGGAGCAUCCCUUCCCAUAUGGGAUUUUCUGGAGCCCCGAGUUUGCGCAAAACCCGACUGAGGUUGACUUCGAUGCUGCUAUUAUUCGCCAGGUUGAUGACGAGACGUAUCUGAGGCCGGACAUCGGUACCGUCGUUGAGGGGGUUGCUGUGCGGACGGGAUCGCGGUCUUCGGCGGGGCUUGUCUGCGAUUGGGCCGGACGCGUGACGCUGCUGAAGUACGGCCCUGAUGAUGUCGCGGUGCCAAAGGACAAUGCGCUUGGGGACUUCAAGGGAGCUAGGUGGGAGAUGUUGUCUUUAGUGAUACGAUAA